CAAUCAACACACUGCAAGCUGCAAGUCAUCCUGACUACAUAUUUUUUUAUAACAGUUGUAUAAGUACAGUCGUGUGCUAGCCAGCUCUUACUCAGCAGUUUUACACUGGCCAGCCACCUGUCAGCUCGCCACCGAAACACAUGGAUCAUCAGAACAACAUGGAAAAUGAGGCAAAGAUGUUCCUGAGCCAAGCGAAGACUCUCAGGCUGCACACCGGGAAUAUAGUCAACCGAAGCCGGCUGAAAAAGAAGUGUCCGUGCUCCCCCAGCGAAGAGCUUCAAGACUGCAUUCAAGCCGCACUGAGUGAUUGGAAGGCUGCCACAAAACCACCAUCCAAUGUAAGGACACAUUUACACUUCUCAUGUCCAGCUGGUUCUCAACGCCUCCUAAACCACUUUUGCAUUUGCUCAGCCUGUCAGACGCUGGCGGUGUCGCAGCUGGACUCCGUCAUCAUCGCCCCGACGUGGCCGCUGGCUGAGGGUGAGAACCAGAGCUUGGCCCACCUGCAGCCGGCCUGGGAGGAGCUGGAGUCUCUGGUCCGGAGCCAGAGGAUCGCUGCCAUCGGCACCUCGGACCUGGACAAAGACCUGCUGGAGGAGCUCUACAACUGGGCUCAGGUGAAGCCCAGCAGUAACCAGGUGAACCUGGCCUCCUGCUGUGUGAUGCCUCCAGACCUCACUGCCUUCGCUAAGGAGUUCGACAUCCAGCUGCUGACACACAACGACCCCAAAGAGCUCAUGUCAGCGGCCACCUUCCAGGAGGCGGUGCAGGAGGGAACGCAGGAUCUGAGCGCCGCCAUCUGGAGGCUGGAGUGGGUUCUGCGCUACUCCAUCAUCGUGAAGAGCCGGGGAAUCAUCAAGGCUAAAGGCUACCUGGUCAGCGCAGGGAAGGGGAGCCAGUAGAACCACCACAGAAGAAGAAGACAUGGAUGAAGCCAUUUUCCUCCAUAAACACACAACAUUCAAAGUCACAGCUCUGAAUAAUGGACUCCGCCAAUCAAACAGUCCCAAAAGUCAUUGUUUAUCCUACAGAAAAGCAUCAAGUGUGAUUCAUUUGAACUGUAUUCAUUCCCAGUGAGAUCAAGAGACUGUGAAGACUUCAGCAGAUUAGAGUCAAUGCUGCUUUUAACAUGAAAAAUGAUGGUUGCUAAAUAUUUAUGAUCGUUCCUUAACCUAUUUCUGACUGUAAGUGCCUCACGUCUACUUUCUCUCUGUCCUCACACCUGCUUCGUCUCAACUGCAUCUGGUGAAUCAAGCUAAAGGUAGAGAUGUAUUGUUUUGUACCACAGAGUGAUUCCACACAUAUGAGGAACAACUCAGAUCGAAUUCAUGUCAUAGAGUGCCACAGUGACGCGUCCUAAAACCCGGAAAUAAGUUAGCAUUUGACCACUUCCGGUUCCUUCGACAUUA